UUCUCCAUAAUUUCAAAUCUCAAUUUAUUUUCUUGUAGUACUAGUACACAAUAUUAAAAUUAAAUAAAGAAAAAUUGAGGGAAAAUCAAGAAGAAAAAAAAUUCAGACAAAAUAACCAAUCAUCUUUUCUCCUCAGUAGGAAACAUCCAUCAUUGUACCCAACAAUCCCUUUCACCACUAGAACCAAAAACCUCAAUUUCCUUCUUCUUCUUCUUCUUCUUCUUCUUCUUCUUCUUUUCACUCUUCUUUGAUCUACACACAUUUUACACUCAAUACAUACAUGCAUACGCAUACGCAUACAUAUACAUAAAAUACAUACAUACACACACCUUGGAAUCUCUAUAUAACCUUUUUAUUCUCUUCUCUCUUUUUUCCCUCUCCCCCAAUUUCCUCACUUCUCUCUCUCUCUCUUCAUAAUCUUUUCAUUGAUCAUCGACCAACCAAAAACAAAAAAAACUCAAAAAAUCCAAAAAAAUCAGAUCUUUGAAAGCUUUUCUUUUGUAACACUCGAAAAAUGGAUCCGUCCUGUGCAAACUCAGUGAACGGAUUCUACUCAUUUCUAAACAGAUCAAUGGAAGAUCUCGAAAGAGUUUAUCUUUCAAACAAUUUCAUGUCCGUACACUUCUUACAGAGAGCUCUCUGUCUUCUCCGUACCUCUCACUCUCAUCUCACUCUCUUAGUUCAAAAACUUCAACUUCCCGUCGGUGACAAAUGGCUCGAUGAGUAUAUGGACGAAAGCUCCAAACUUUGGGAAGCUUGUCUCGUCAUCAAAUCCGCCGUCUCCUCCGUCGAAAACUUCUCCUCCGCCGGAAUUUCGAUCGCUUCCACCCUCGACCGUCGUCUCUCUCCUCAGCUUUCUCGUCAGGUGAUAAGGGCGAUAUCAGGAUGUAGAAGAGAAGCGAUAGGGAUAGAGGAAGAAAACAGAGCAUUAAUGGAGAACAGAGUUCAAAGGUUUCCGUUUUGGUCGGAACAAACGUCGGCGACGGCGAUGGAGUCGUCGACGAAGUUACAAAACGGGUUCAGUGGUUUUCGCGGCGUGCUUUACGCGACGAGGAACAUGAGUUCGCUUCUCCUUAUGGUUUUAAUGAACGGUCUCGUCUACUGUUUUCCCGGAGACGCGGCAACGCAAACGCAGACGCAGAUAACGCAAACGCAGAGUCAAGUCGGAGGUUUCGCCGGAGCAAUGGGGAGGUUGCAGCAGAGAGUGGCGGCUGAGGUUGGGAGGAUGGGGAUAAGGAAAGGAAUAUUGAUGCACGAGUAUCGCCGGAGCAAAGCGGCGUUGGAGGAGCUUAAAGCGGAGCUGGAGCGGCGGUUCUGCGGUGGCGGUGGUGGUGGGGGAGAGAGGGAGGAGGAGGAGGAGGACGAGAGGGAGCUGAGAGAGAGAGUUGAGAAUCUGAAAGGGUAUUUUGGUAAUUUAAGGAAUGGGACAGAGAGUAUAGUGGCGCAAAUCGAUGAUUUCUUCGAUGAGAUUGUUGAAGGAAGGAAAAAGCUUUUGGAUUUCUGCAGCCAUAGAUGAUGAAAUAUCAAAAGCUGACAUUUUGUUUUUUAUGUUUACAUGAAAAAAAAAAAAAAAAGUUGGGUUAGGCUUUAGGCUCUAGAUGAAUCAGUUGGUAGGGAGUUGUUGUAAUUUUUUCUUUUUUACUUUGUUGUUAUGAAAAAAAAUAAUUUGAAAUUUGAGAAUUUUUGUCACUCUGGUCUAUUUUAGUAUUUUGAUGUUUAUAUAUGUAAUUCUAGAAAUGGAGUUAUUCUCUGAAUCAUAUCAAAAGUAAAUGUCUG